AUGGCUGAUAGAACCAAGGAAAAGGAUGCAGAAUGCCCUGCAUUCCCAGAGGCCAAGCCAGCAGAAGUCCAGAAUAUCACGACUGAUGCUGUAUUUGGGGAAAUCACUGAGGACGGCCCCAACUAUCGUAAUAUAGGAUGGAUUGCUACUAUUGUGCUCAUGGCGAAAUCGAUGAUUGGGCUAGGAGUUCUGGCUAUCCCCGGAGCCUUCAAUACUCUAGGCCUUAUCCCCGGCGUCAUCUGCCUUCUGACCGUUGCUACGAUGACCUGGUGGUCAAUGUACGUUGUCGGGAUGUUCAAGCUGAGCCACCGCGAGGUAUAUGCCAUCGACGAUGCCGGAUAUAUCAUGUUUGGUACGGUUGGGCGAGACUUUCUAGGGGUAACAUUCUGCAUGUACUGGAUAUUCGUCUCUGGCUCCGGACUGUUGAGCAUCUCGAUUGCCCUGAACGCAAUUUCAACGCAUGGGACAUGCACCGCCGUCUUCGUGGCUGUUGCUGCUGUCCUCACCUACAGUCUAUGCAGCAUUCGCACUCUAGGCCGGAUGAAGUGGAUUACUUCGACUGGACUCGUGAGUAUCCUGAGUGCCAUCCUGAUAGUUACGAUUGCCGUUGGCGUACAGGACCGUCCCAGCGGUGCACCACAGGAUAUCCCCUGGAAAUCCGACUACCAGCUGUUCAAAAAGCCAUCCUUCCUAGACGCUGUCUCUGCAGUCUCCAGCAUCGUUUUUGCAUACGCCGGAACCAGCAUGUUCUUCUCCAUCGCAGCAGAAAUGCGUGAGCCCCAGCUAUACACCCGCUGUUUGUUCUGCUGCCAGUGCAUCGUCACUUCAACCUUCCUUACAAUCGGCGUGGUGGUAUACUAUUACUGCGGGUCAUAUGUUGCCUCUCCGGCUCUGGGCUCUGCGGGGCCUCUUAUGAAGAAGGUCUCUUGUGGCAUUAGUAUCCCUGGGAUUCUGGCGUCGAAUGUUAUUCUCUCUCAUGUCCCUAGCAAGUAUAUCUUCGUCCGACUCCUCCGCGACACAAGACACCUCUCAGCCAACACCCUCCGGCACUGGACGACCUGGCUUCUCUGCACAUUCGGCGUAGUAAUAACGGCAUAUAUAAUCGCCAGCGCAAUCCCAGUAUUCAAUAGCCUGGUCUCCCUUAUCGGCGCGCUCCUCGGAACCCUAAUGUCAUUCCAGCCAAUGGGCUGUAUGUGGCUGUACGAUAACUGGGGCAAAACGCGAGACACCCGGUGGUACUUCAUGGUCUGCUGGAGCGGGUUUGUUAUUGUUGCUGGAACGUUCCUUAUGGUUUCUGGGACGUAUGGCUCUGUUGUUGGGAUUAUCAACGAUUACAGUGCUUCCGGGGGGUCUUCUGCUUGGUCUUGUGCGGAUAACUCGAACUCGGUGUAG